GGAUUUUCUCUGACCCUUCAAAAGUCUGUGAAAUCCCAACCUGGUUCUCUCUCCCAGCUAAUUUGUCUAGGGUUUUAAUCUACUACUCGAUCCAAACCCCAGGUACGCGUUUUCCUUGUCAAAUUUUGAUUUAGCAGUAAAAGUGGAGUCAUGGAUAUAGACAAGUCAGUAGUUACAAUGGAAGCAGAGCAGAGCAAUGGUAGUGCCGGAGGCUUAUUUGUUCCUAAAAAGGAGAAACUCGAAUUUCGGCCUCCUGAAAGGAAAUCACUUUUAGGUUUAGAUGUACUUGCGAUUGCGAAACGAGGAGGAUCUGAUGCAAAUGGAGGAGGAUUUAAGGCUCCAAAGGAAAGAGCUACAACUUCUUUUAUGGCGUCGAUUGAUGAAGAGGAAGAGGCUACUGAAUCUUCUGGAUUAGAUGAAGUAGAAAACGAUGGUGGAAGUGAGAGUGGUGUACGCAGAAAUGUAAAUAGGCGAUAUCGGGAAACCUCCUCUAGCGAGAAAAGUGCUGUGACACGAGAGGGAUCGCAUAGUAACACACACGGAACUUCUCGUUCUAGAGAAAAUCUGUCAUCAGAUGAUUGUGCUACUUAUACCGGGAGUUCCCGGAGUGUUAAGUCUAGGAGUCCUGGGAGUGAGAGAGAUGACCGAGGUAGGGAUAGAAAAGGCCUUAAAGAUGAUGCUAGGGAUGAAAGCAGGAGGGGGAGAGACAGGCACAGCAGUGAUCGUGAAGAACGGUAUCGUGGAAGGGAAGCACGUGGACGGUAUGAACAGGAGUAUGAUGGAGACUAUGGAAGAAAACGAAGUCGGUAUGAAGGUUCAAGGAGGACACCAGGCAGGUCUGAUUGGGAUGAUGGGAGAUGGGAAUGGGAAGAAACACCUCGGCAGGAUAGUUAUAAUACUAGCCGACGCCACCACCCUUCCCCAUCGCCAAUGUUUGUUGGUGCCUCACCUGAUGCACGAUUAGUUUCCCCAUGGAUGGGUGGCCAAACACCUCGCAGUAGUGGUUCUGCUGCUUCUCCUUGGGAUCACAUUUCUCCCUCGCCAGUUCCAAUACGUGCUUCUGGAUCAUCAUUUAGGUCUUCCACUUCUAAAUAUGGUGGGAGGUCCCAUCAACUUACUUUUUCCACCACAAGUGCGCCAUCAUUGGAGGAUGGUGAAGGAGAUAAAACUUAUUCAUCCGAGGAGCACAAUCAUGAGAUUACUGAAAGUAUGCGUCAAGAGAUGGAAUACAAUUCUGACCGAGCCUGGUACGAUAGAGAAGAAGGCAAUACAAUGUUUGAUGCUGAUAGCUCAUCAUUCUUCCUUGGGGAUAACGCCUCAUUCCAGAAAAAGGAGGCAGAGUUGGCCAAAAGACUGGUUCGAAGAGAUGGAACUAAAAUGUCACUUGCUCAAAGCAAAAAGUUAUCUCAGCUUAGUGCUGAUAAUGCCCAAUGGGAGGAUCGGCAACUUAUGAGAUCUGGGACAGUUAGAGGUACCGAAGUGCAGACUGAGUUUGAUGAUGAGGAAGAGCACAAGGUUAUUCUUCUUGUACAUGACACAAAGCCUCCUUUCCUGGAUGGAAGAGUUGUUUUUACCAAACAAGCGGAGCCAAUAAUGCCCCUAAAAGAUCCCACCUCAGAUAUGGCCAUUAUUUCAAGGAAAGGAUCUGCUCUGGUCAGAGAAACUCAUGAGAAGCAAAGCAUGAAUAAAUCACGUCAGCGGUUUUGGGAGCUUGCCGGCUCAAAACUCGGUGAUAUUCUUGGUGUAGAGAAAACUGCUGAACAGAUUGAUGCUGACACUGCAGCUGUUGGUGAGGAAGGUGAAAUUGAUUUCAAGGAAGAUGCAAAAUUUGCACAGCAUAUGAAAAAGGGGGAAGCUGUAAGUGAUUUUGCAAAGUCAAAAACUCUAUCCGAGCAGCGGCAAUAUCUACCUAUAUAUUCAGUGCGAGAUGAGUUGUUGCAGGUCAUUCGUGAAAAUCAAGUGAUAGUUGUUGUUGGAGAGACUGGUUCAGGAAAGACAACUCAACUGACACAGUAUCUCCAUGAAGAUGGGUAUACAACAAAUGGGAUAGUUGGUUGCACCCAACCAAGGCGUGUUGCAGCCAUGAGUGUUGCAAAAAGAGUUAGCGAAGAGAUGGACACUGAAUUGGGGGAUAAAAUAGGUUAUGCCAUUCGUUUUGAGGAUGUGACUGGGCCAAAUACAAUAAUUAAGUACAUGACUGAUGGAGUACUCUUGCGUGAGACACUGAAAGAUUCUGACCUUGAUAAGUAUCGUGUCAUUGUCAUGGAUGAAGCACAUGAGAGAUCAUUAAGCACAGAUGUGUUGUUUGGGAUUUUGAAAAAGGUGGUUGCCCAGCGUCGUGACUUCAAACUCAUUGUGACAUCUGCAACUCUAAAUGCGCAGAAAUUUUCAAAUUUCUUUGGGAGUGUACCUAUUUUCCACAUCCCUGGAAGAACAUUUCCAGUAAAUAUCUUGUACAGUAAAAGUCCUUGUGAAGAUUAUGUUGAAGGUGCAGUGAAGCAGGCCAUGACUAUCCACAUUACCAGUCCUCCUGGCGACAUUCUCAUUUUCAUGACUGGCCAAGAUGAGAUUGAGGCGGCCUGUCAUGCUCUUGCAGAGCGCAUGGAACAGCUUACCUCCUCCUCCAAGAAAGCAGUGCCUAAACUCUUAAUACUACCCAUAUACUCCCAACUUCCAGCUGAUUUACAAGCGAAGAUAUUCCAAAACGCUGAAGACGGGGCCCGCAAAUGCAUUGUCGCCACCAACAUUGCUGAGACUUCUUUGACUGUAGAUGGAAUUUAUUAUGUCAUUGACACGGGUUAUGGAAAAAUGAAAGUCUACAACCCAAAGAUGGGUAUGGAUGCUCUCCAAGUUUUCCCUGUUAGUCGUGCUGCUGCAGAUCAGCGUGCUGGGCGUGCUGGUAGAACUGGUCCGGGCACAUGUUAUAGGCUUUAUACAGAGAGUGCUUACCUAAAUGAAAUGCUUCCCAGUCCAGUUCCAGAGAUCCAGCGGACAAACCUUGGCAAUGUGGUUUUGUUGCUCAAGUCGCUUAAAAUUGAAAAUUUGCUGGACUUUGAUUUCAUGGACCCACCACCACAGGACAACAUCCUUAAUUCUAUGUACCAGUUGUGGGUCUUGGGUGCUCUAAACAAUGUUGGUGCCCUUACUGAUCUUGGCUGGAAAAUGGUGGAGUUCCCAUUGGAUCCCCCUCUAGCUAAGAUGCUCUUGAUAGGUGAACAGUUAGGGUGUAUAAAUGAGGUUUUGACAAUUGUGUCGAUGCUUUCAGUGCCAUCAGUGUUUUUUCGGCCCAAGGAUAGAGUGGAGGAGAGUGAUGCUGCAAGAGAAAAGUUCUUUGUGCCAGAGUCCGACCACUUGACUCUUCUUAAUGUUUACUUGCAGUGGAAAGAGCACCAGUACCGGGGAGAUUGGUGUAAUGAUCAUUUUUUGCAUGUCAAAGGAUUACGAAAGGCUAGAGAGGUUAGAUCCCAGCUGCUAGACAUUCUCAAGACAUUAAAAAUCCCGCUAACAUCCUGUGGGUAUGAUUGGGACGUUGUACGGAAAGCCAUCUGCUCUGCAUAUUUCCACAAUUCAGCGAGAUUAAAGGGUGUCGGGGAGUAUGUUAAUUGCCGGAACGGAAUGCCUUGUCAUUUACACCCAAGCAGUGCUCUUUAUGGUUUAGGCUACACUCCAGAUUAUGUAGUCUAUCAUGAAUUGAUCUUGACAACAAAGGAGUACAUGCAAUGCGCCACUGCAGUGGAGCCCCAGUGGUUGGCUGAGCUGGGACCAAUGUUUUUCUCUGUGAAAGAUUCAGACACCUCAAUGCUGGAGCACAAGCGAAAGCAGAAAGAAGAGAAAACAGCAAUGGAAGAGGAAAUGGAGAAUUUGAGGAAGGUGCAAGCCGAGACGGACAGAGAAAGCAAGGAGAAGGAAAGGGAGAAGAGGGCAAAGCGGCAGCAACAAGUCUCAAUGCCUGGGUUGAAGAAAGGCUCUUCCACAUACUUGAGACCGAAGAAGUUCGGUUUGUAAAUGUAAAUUAUUUUGUACUUCUGGUCAACUGUUACCGACUCCUGGCAGAAAAUAGGAAUGUUAUACGAGAGAAUUUUGCCCCCCUCUGUUGUAAAAAGAACAUCGAAAUUAGAGUUGCUGAUUGUAAGAGUAUACGAGUGCUUGGUAAUUGAUGUCAAGGUUUACUGACAGCAUUCGAAUCA